CUUUUAAAUGUAUUUGUAGGCUUAUAUUCAGACUCAGUGAAUGAACGCUAGACUGGACGGAGUAGCGCGACUGCGAGGAACUGUUCGUCCGCGCAUCGAUAAUUAUCUGGAUUCUGUUGCGCCGAUAAAAUAACCUUUUAAAAAACACGCUUUGAAACCGAAUCGAGGCUCUACUCCUAAAGCGAGAUAACCGGAGGUCAUAUAGUCGCGGGGGCAUCCAGCUGACAUCCACCGAGCAGACGCGAGUCUUCACCGGACUCAUCUCGCCAUGUCCUCCGCGGAUGUGUCGGAGCAGAGCCGACGCUGCUGCGUUUUGUCGUGGGAGCAGGUGCAGCGUCUGGACUCCAUCCUUGGAGAAUGUGUCCCGAUCCACGGCCGAGGAAACUUCCCUACGCUCUCCGUUCAGCCGCGGCACAUCGUGCAGGUGGUGCGUGCUCGUCUGGAGGAGCGAGGCGUAGCGGUGCGGGAUGUGAAGCUCAACGGCUCAGCUGCCAGCUACGUGCUCCACCAGGACACUGGCCUGGGCUACAAAGACCUGGACCUGAUCUUCGGCCUGAGCCUGACUGAUGACAGGACCUUCCGUCUGGUGAAGGACGUGGUCCUGGACAGCCUCCUGGAGUUCCUGCCCAUCGGCGUAAGCCGCGACCGCAUCACCGCCCUGACCCUGAAGGAAGCUUACGUGCAGAAGCUGGUAAAGGUUUGCAACGACACGGACCGCUGGAGCCUCAUCUCACUUUCCAACAACACUGGCAAAAACGUGGAGCUGAAGUUUGUGGACUCCCUGCGGCGGCAGUUUGAGUUCAGCGUGGACUCUUUUCAGAUCGGCUUGGACUCGCUGCUCCUUUUCGACCGCUGCUCCGAGACGCCCAUGUCCGAGAGUUUCCAUCCCACUGUGCUCGGAGAGAGCAUGUACGGAGACUUUGAAGAAGCGCUGGGACACCUGCACGCCAAAAUCAUCGCCACGCACAGUCCGGAAGAGAUCCGCGGCGGCGGGCUCUUGAAGUACUGCCACUUGCUGGUAAGAGGUUUCCGUCCAGCGUCCGAGGCACAGAUGAAGACGCUCCAGCGCUACAUGUGCUCGCGCUUCUUCAUCGACUUCCCCGACAUCAAUGAGCAGCAGAGGAAGCUGGAGGCCUACCUGCAGAACCACUUUAACGGCAUGGAGCACAAGCGCUACGAUUGCCUGGUGACUCUCCAUCGUGUGGUGGAUGAAAGCACCGUGUGUCUCAUGGGCCACGAAGCGGAGGCAGGCGCUUGCGCUCAUCUCGCCUCUCUGGCUCUCACGUGUGUUAGCGAACAGAACGCCAUUCCUGCACUGUCUAACAUUACGUGUUACUACCAGCCGGCGCCCUACGUCAGAGACGUCAACUUCAGCAACUACUAUGUAGCACAUGUGCAUUCGCCAAUUUCCACCUGUAACAACUCCUAUCAGACAUGGCUGCCGUGUAGCUGAGCCAUAAAUGGACGAAAACAUUGCCGGGGAAUAUUUGCAGUUUUCAGAUGACGUUUGGUUAAAAUCCUUUCCAGGGGGGAUAUCUUUAAAACAUGUUGACGUUACAAUUCACAGAAAAAGAAUGUAUAUUUUGUGUAAAGAAAUUUCCAUUUGUCGGUUGUGAUUCUUGUUAUACUUUCACAUUUUUUAUGAGAAUUGAAGUGAAAAUCAAGACUACGCAUUUUAGAAUUUGAAAAAAUACUUAGAUUUUCCUUAAAAUCAUUUUACGAUGACAAAAAAAAAUUUGAAUGGAUUUACAAGUAGGCUUAAAUUUCUUUAUGCAUAAUAUUGUUUAUUUUUUCCUUGUGAUUUUGGGCUGAAAUAUGACCCAGACAUUUUGUUGGUAAGGUGUCAUGAGAUUCACUAUCUCGGUUUACCUUUUUUUUAUUUUGUGCAAAAUUGGAUAGAGACCAAAUACGAGAUCUUGCGUCUUUAUGUGAAUGCCACCAAUCCACCGCAGUUUCACUGAACUCUACCAUACUGGAAGACUCGAAUAUUUCAGAUUGCUCUCAAGACUUUUUGGAAGAUUUUGUCCAGUGCGGAUGAAACGACAAGGAUGAACAUUGGGAGGAAGGUGGGAAAAUGUCUAAAGCACUUCUCUACUCUAUGUACGUGUAACCCAUUCUUGUUUUAUAAGUGAAACAUUUUUAAGUUAUGAAACGCCUUUUGUUGAAGUUAUGAAAAAAAAAAGAAAAAAACAAAAUCAAGAAAACGGUAAAGCUGGGAAACUUUUCAGUUCUGACUGUCGUUAUUUGAAAAACUGAGGACCAAAGAUUUUAGUUGUAGCAGUUUAAGUGGUAUGUUACUUCUGUGACUUCAAGUGCCUGAAACCAACUACAAACUGACGUGUAUGUAAAUUAAAAAUGUUUAUUGUUUCGUUCUCCAGGCUACUGUAUAGUACAGUAUUUUUAUUUUCAGGGUAAGGGCAUUUCCUUUCCAAAUCAUUAAAAAAAGAAAUAUAGCUAAAA